AUGUCGACGAGGACGACACGGGGUGUGUUUUGGACAUAUUUGCUCGUUAUUCUCUCGGAUUGUUGCUGGGAAGCGGUGCUCGGGCAGAUCUCAUACUCAGUAUCGGAGGAGGUAAACCUGGGCACGUCUGUUGGAAAUAUCGCUAAAGACCUGAACCUAAAUAUUCAAGAGUUGGAGGCACGUAAGUUUCAGAUUGUCAGCGGAUCAAAGAAAAAAUAUUUUGACGUGAAUCUGAAAACGGGGUUCCUUUAUGUAAAUGAAAGAAUCGACCGAGAGGAGCUCUGCGCUCAAGCUGCAAAAUGUACUGUCAGCGUCGAGGCUGUGAUCAACAAUCCUCUGAAGCUCUAUCGCUUGGAAAUAAAUGUAGUCGAUAUAAACGAUAAUGCACCGUAUUUUCCCGAAAGCACCCAGACUCUUAACGUUGCUGAAAGUACUGUUCCAGGAAAGAAAUUUGGAUUCAUAGCGGCGUCAGAUCUCGACGUCGGAAAGAACAGCGUUAGUACAUACAAGCUGAGUGCAAACGAUUAUUUCUCUUUGGAGCUUCAUAAAGGGGGAGAAACUGUGUCUGCUGAGCUUGUGCUUCAGAAAGCAUUAGACCGUGAAACACACAAUAUUAUAAGACUUAAAGUUACCGCAAUAGACGGGGGAAAUCCAUCAAAAUCUGGAACAUCGCAAAUCAUUAUUCAUGUUUUAGAUAUUAACGACAACACCCCAGUAUUCAGUAGCCCUUUAUACAAAGCACGGGUUUAUGAAAACGUACCAUCAGGUAAAACGGUUUUAGUUUUGAACGCAACAGACGCAGAUGAUGGUUUAAAUGCUGAAAUAGAAUAUUCACUGAGGAGUAAAGGGCAGGAUCAGGUCCUAGAUGUUUUUCAAAUAGACAGUAACACUGGUGCGCUCAUUGUCAAAGGUGAAAUCGACUAUGAGGAAAACCAGGCGUUUGAGAUUCAUGCCCAGGCCAGUGAUAGAGGUCAGCCCCCGAUGACAUCUCAUUGUAAGGUACUGGUGGAGGUAGUGGACCUUAAUGACAACGCUCCAGAGAUCACUGUGACGUCACUGCUAAACACAGUGAAGGAGGAUGCAGAUGUGGGUACCGCUAUUGCACUUGUUUCUGUUCUAGACAGAGAUGGUGGGAAAAAUGGAGCAGUAAAUGCUUUAAUAGUCAAUGAAGCUCCAUUUAAACUGGAAACAAAUUAUAAAAACUACUACUCAUUAGUUGUUAAUGGGCCUCUUGAUCGAGAAAUGAUGGCAGAAUACAAUGUCACCAUUGUAGCUACUGAUGAAGGUGCUCCACCUCUCUCCACCACCAGCAUAGUGACUGUUCAUAUCUCUGAUGUCAAUGAUAACCCACCUCGCUUCUCAGAGCCACUGAUUAAUGUUUACGUGAAGGAGAACAGUCAAAUAGGAUCAGUUAUUAAAACCAUCACUGCAACUGAUGCUGAUGUCAAUCAAAACGGUCAGAUGAGCUAUUCAUAUUUACAAAGUAACACAGACUCACUGCCACUAUCUACCAUGAUAAACAUCAACUCAGAGACAGGAGACAUAGUCAGUUUACAGUCUUUCAACUUUGAGGAGAUGAAGACGUUUCAGUUUAAAGUCCAGGCCACAGACUCUGGUCUUCCUCCGCUCAGCAGCAACGUGACCGUCAACGUUUUCAUCCUGGAUGAGAACGACAACAGUCCCUCCAUUCUCGCUCCCUAUUCUGAGCUGGGCUCCGUUAACAGUGAGAGCAUCCCCUAUUCUGCUGAAGCAGGAUACUUUGUGGCAAAGAUCAGGGCUGUAGACGCAGACUCUGGAUACAACGCGCUGCUCUCUUACCACCUGUCUGAGCCCAAAGGAAACAACCUCUUCAGGAUCGGAAGCAGCAACGGGGAAAUCAGGACUAAGAGGAGAAUGAGUGACAAUGACCUGAAAACUCACCCCUUGGUGGUGCUGGUCUCUGAUAACGGAGAACCCUCCCUGUCGGCUACUGUGUCUAUUGAUGUGGUGGUGGUGGAAAGCACAGCUGACCUCCAGACUCCGUUCAGACAUGUGCCCAUGAAGGAGGAGAGCUUCUCUGUUCUCAACCUGUACCUGCUGAUCGCCAUUGUGUCGGUGUCCGUGAUCUUUCUGCUCAGCCUCAUCACUUUAAUAGCUGUCAAAUGUCACAGGACAGACGGCAGCUUCAGCAGGUACAGCGCCCCAAUGAUCACCACCCACCCUGACGGGAGCUGGUCUUACUCUAAGGCUACUCAGCAGUACGACGUCUGCUUCAGCUCAGACACGCUCAAGAGUGACGUAGUGGUUUUCCCAGCUCAGUUUCCUCCUGUGGACGGGGAGCUGAUCAGUAUAAAUGGAGGAGACACGUUUACCAGGACUCAGACUUUACCUAGUAAAGAGAAGGUAAGACCAUAGCUGUGAUCUAUGUUC